AUGAAGCUUACCCUCAUCCUCACCCUCCUGGCCACCCUAGUGGCCUCCAUCCCCGCCGAUGGCUCAAGCUUCACAGACAUCUACAACCCACUGUGCCACAAGAACUCCGACUGCGGAACCGGAUGCUGCUACAACGGUCUCUGUCUCGCCUACUGUCUCCACAAUGAGGAUGAUGUUCACACGGACCUAGUCCGCAGUCUUGUCGAUGAAUCCCUCCUCCGCACAGAAGAGAAUUUAGAUAUUACCGCCCCCGUCUGCCACACAAACAGGGACUGCGGAACUGGAUGUUGCUACCACGGCCUUUGUCUCGCGUAUUGUCCUAAUGAUAUGGCGAAGCGGGGUGAUGGGGGUGCUAGUUGGGAGUCCCCAGGCAGGCCUCCGAAGUGCAGCCGGAGGACUUGCAAGGGUGGGUGCUGUCGUAAGGGUCUUUGUGUGUAUUGCUAUAUGGAUAAGCGAGAUGAUCUUGAAGAUCCCAUCGAUGCUUUUGGUUAUGCUGUUGAUGUUGAUGUUGAUGCUGACGCUGGUUUCGAUGUCAAUGUCGAUGCCGACAUCUUCGAUGAUAGCGACGACGCAGCACAAGAACCAGCAUCGGAGAUGAUGCACAAGAGAUACUCCAUGCCCGACACCGACCUGCUUCCCACCUCAACAGACAUAAUCCACACCGGAGGCAUGUGCAGCAAGAGAACGUGCAAGGGAUGCUGCUGGCAGAAUAUCUGUAUGGCCAAGUGUCCUCGCGGUGAGCGGGAUGAAGCUGUAGAUGAUGGUGAAGGAUCCGAAGAGACUUCUCUCGAUCUUGUAGACUGGAACCUCCCGCAGGUUGUCUGCAGCCGUGCAGCCCCAUGUAAAGUUGGAUGCUGCUGGCAUGGAUUGUGUUGGGGUUUGUGUCGGUGGGAAGAUAAUUAG